UCGGCUGUGUUGAAGGAAAUUGCCUCCCAGAAACGUCGGCAUUCGGCCAGCUCUGAGACAUUCAUCUGUCUUCUCCCUAGCCUGACUCAUGGAUAAGUGAGGUGGUAAGAGAGAGCGAGAUAGGAGGGAGCGAGGGGGAUGGAGAAGCAGUAUGGGGGAGUGAGAGACGGAGUGCGAGAAGGGGGGAAGACAGGACAUCUGAAAGUUUUCAACCUGUGAUCGCGGUAUGUGAUGCGAAUCGAAACCGGGGGCUCAUCCAACAAGCGGGACAAAGGAAUUUCCUACGGAUGGAAUGCACCAAAGUGAGAUAAUAUUAGGCAAAUAUUUUCACAAGGGGAGGGCUGCCUGUGACAUUUUUAGAUUUUGGAGGAGUUCUAAGUUAUAAAAACAUGAUCGGGAACAAGAAGGGAAAAAAAGCAGUCAUUGAAGGAGUUUGAGGAUCGAGUUGUUUGGUGAUGAACAGCACUGGUUUUGCACGAUUGAAAAAAAAGUGUGGAUUAUAGCAGCUCAGAAGGCGAUACAAAUGUACAGGACAAACCAAACAGGAGAACAGGGGCUGUUGCCUUUGAUGAAGUAGAAACUGGCCUGUUCUAGAGCGUACACAAACCAGAAGACAACGGCGCCCCCGGAUUACGAGUCAGACAACCAACUCUUGACCUAACACCCCUUUUUCCUGUGGAGGUACAUUCUGUGCUUAGAUUACUGCCUUGAACACGUUUUGAGGCGACAUGUUAAGUUUUGGAGCUGCUGGGCUUUUUUGAUUGUAAAGUGGUCCUUUUUGGUUUAUACGGUGCACCCGGUAUGAGCCACCGCCCUGUGUACUGGACCUAAGCUGCCCUCCACCCACCCCUGCCCCUGCUCGCAGGACCCUGUGACCAUGCUGACCAAGCCCCCUGAACCAGCCAGAGCAGAGCCCCGACCCGCGCCCAACCCAGCCGUCCUCCCCACAGCAGCAUGUCCCAGCCAGAGGCACCCCCGCUGGCGGUCAACGGUUCGGGGUCCGGGGAGGUGGCUGGUGCUCAGCUACGCUGGGCCGCAUUGCUCAUCAUUAUGGUCAUCAUCCCCACCAUUGGGGGCAACAUCCUGGUCAUCCUGGCAGUGUCGCUGGAGAGGAAGCUGCAGAAUGCCACCAACUACUUCCUGAUGUCCCUGGCGGUGGCCGACCUGCUAGUGGGACUCCUGGUGAUGCCCAUUGCCCUCAUCACUGUGCUCUACAAUUCCGGAUGGCCUCUUCCGGAGUUUCUCUGUCCAAUCUGGCUCUUCCUGGACGUCCUGUUCUCCACAGCGUCCAUCAUGCACCUGUGUGCCAUCUCACUGGACCGCUACAUCGCCAUCAAGAAGCCCAUUCAGCACAGCCAGUAUAAGUCCAGGGCCAAAGCCAUGGCCAAGAUAGCAGUGGUGUGGUUCAUAUCUAUUGGUAUCGCAAUUCCCAUUCCCAUCAAGGGGCUGAGAAACUACCAUCUUCCCAACAAUGUCACCUUUAACAGCAACCACACCUGCCUACUGAAACCAGACAGCUUCCGAGAAUUCAUCAUGUUUGGCUCCAUGACAGCUUUUUUCAUCCCUUUGACUAUCAUGAUGGUCAUCUACCUGCUCACCAUCCAGGUGCUGCGCAAGAAAGCCUUUCUGCUCAGGUCAAAGGUGACCCAACGCUUCACUCGCCCAACCGUCGCCUCAGUCUUCCAGAGGGAGCAGUCUGCGGCUUCUCCCACAACUGAGAAACUGCCAGGAAAAUCCAUUUCUCCCGCCAACCCAAUCAUAGGUGACGAGAUCCCCAUCCGUCGCAUGUCCACCAUAGGCAAGAAGUCGAUGCAGAACCUGACCAAUGAGCAGCGUGCCUCCAAGGUGCUGGGCAUAGUCUUCCUUCUUUUUGUGGUCAUGUGGUGCCCAUUCUUCAUCACCAACAUCACCUCUGUGCUGUGCGCCAGCUGCGACGUCCAUGUGAUCGGCCGUCUGAUGGAGAUCUUCGUGUGGGUGGGCUACGUGUCAUCAGGCAUCAACCCGCUGGUCUACACCCUCUUCAACAAGACCUUCCGCCAGGCCUUCACACGCUACAUCACCUGUAACUACAGCAGCACCACUAACACGCCAGCCAGGCAAUCUAGGGAACAGCAUGGCUGCAGGAAUCUGACACGGAUCUCCUUCCGUUCAUCUGUGGCGGAAAACUCCAAGCUGUUCGUGAAGCGUGGCAUGAAGAACGGCAUCGGGCCGGUGUGCUAUCAGAGCCCGCCGAGGCGACGGCAAGCACCCAUGGAGUCCUCUGCUAGCGUUCUACUGGACACUCUGCUCCUUACAGAGAAUGAGGAUUGCAAACCCAAAGAGCAUGUCAGUUAUGUGUAGUGCAAAAGGAAAUAAUUAGAACCAGAAAGUCAUGUGAAAAAGACAAGACCAGGCUCGAGUUGUCCAGGGGUUCAGGUGACAAGACACCUUCCUUGAGCAUCACUUCUGUGGAUUCGGUGCUAUUAAAAGAAAACAGUGUGCUCGCAGGGGCGAAACAAAAGGAGAUGCCGAUCUCUGUCAAACACUUUGGCGAGAAAGAAGAGGCCCUCCGAUUCUAUACAGAUUGCUGAACAUUAGGAAUAAAAUGAGACAGCAAAUAGGUGCAUCGAAGACAGACGGUCUGGAAACACUCAAGUGGAUACAAUGUGUAUUCCCAUGCUACCCAUGUCACCUUGGGCUAUUCGGUGGUCUGCUAUGGACAAUUUCCAUGGAGGAGAUGACAUGCUUACCAAUUGAAAGGACAAACACUCCUCCCACAUAAACUAGACAUUCAGCCUCCACAUCACACAGAGUUCUGAAGGAAUACACUAUAAAAUGCCACCCAUUUUGACAGCAAUGUUUUGGUAAGUGUUUUUAUAAACUGUGAACAGAUGUUAUGAAAAGUCACAAGACCUAUUUUCCCCAAAGUGUCAUAAUAAUCCACUUGGAUGUUUAUAUAUAUAUAUAUAUAUAUAUAUAUAUAUAUAUAUAUAUAUACAUUCAACAGACAAAACCUUUGCAAAUGGGAAGCUAGUCAAAUAGAAAAUGUAUAGCCUACGAAUGGAUGUGUGAUGGUUCAGAAAUGUAUAAAAACUGUGCUUGGCUUAAAGAAAAGCCGUGUCCUUUUUUACAGUUCUUAAGAGGAUCUUUGAAAGCAGAUGUAACUACCGACCAAGUCAUCUUAUUUUAAACACGUCUUUUUCUCUGAAAAUAUGUGUUUUGCGGCCGCAACGGCCGAUCUACUGUUUCACUUUCAUCAGAGUUUAUAUAGUGUCUCCUUGAUGGGGUGGUAAUGAAGCAAAGCUAACGGGACACGAGAGCCAAAAUAAACACACCAUAAACCACGGUGCUCGGAGUUCAUCGUCACAAACAACGACUACGAGGAGGCUGAAUCCUGAACGUUAAGUGCGUAGGGACAUGAUCACUUUAUGAGGGGCAAUAAAAAGGGCAUUUUGAUUCAUUCUCCGUACCAGUGAAUUAAGUGACAUAAAAACUCAAAAACAAUUGACUUUAUAUAAACCUAAAAAAUGUACUUUGAUUUUUAUGGUGAGUGUACCAAAUUAGUCUACAGCAUAAAAUCUAUAAUAAUAAGUCCCAAGGAUGUACCACAUGGCCAGAAAAGAAAUGAUAGAGCCCAUGUUUGGUUCAUUUACAAAUUCAAAUGCAUAUUUCUACCAUCAUGAGACUAGAUGGUGGGGAGGAAUAUACCCAUGCCCUUUCGAAGCAGUUGGGGAGUGAGAGACGCCAGCACACCAGCGUUCACUCUGACCUUUGACCCACUCAGAGACAGCAGCUCAGAGCACCACGUCCUGGUUUCCCAAGACUGUAAGGGGGCCUGGAAGCCAUGGGGGGAGUGGGAGCUCAACUGAAUGGUUGCCGCUCAGGAGGAUCUCUAAACAGAGGAAGGAUUUACACUAGGUUUAUCUAACAGCCAAUUGAUCAUGUGAAUAUCGCAUAGCCUUUUUAGGGCUUAAAAUAGUCCCUCCAUUUUCCUCUGCUUGGCUCAGUGCCGUUUAAUGCUGCAGUGCUGCCUGAUGCUGUUGAAUGCUGCAGUGAUGCCUGAUGGGUAAAUUCACGUCAGAGAAUGAGUGAUAAGCCCCCGUAAACAGACCGAAAAACAAUAAUGUGGCUCGGGAGGAUGACAUGGCGCCAACGUCCUCAGACACUGAACUACCUGUAAAGGAGCCAGGAAGUAAUUGUAUCCUCUCAGCUAAAAGUUAACCUAAAUUCUGUCAUCCAUUUGAUGAGAUGCUGAUCACUAUGUCAUGUUGAUAAUCCGCAUGCAAACCAAUCACAGGAUCACUCAAGAGUGCCAACACUAGGAAAGUGAGGGAUAGUUUGCAGCUGAUCAAUGUAGGUUAGGCUAUGCUUUCUGAAAAGUAAAAUCACUUCCAAAAGUGUCAUAUCUUUGAUCAUGAAUAGCAUUUAAAAAUGACAAGAGACUACUGAAACCAUUGCACAGACCAAAACAAGGGUGGUUCAAAGAUUAUUCAUGUUCCAUAGAUUUAACUUGGACAUGAAACAAAUUCUCACAUUGCUGAAACUUAAGCACACUUUCAAAAACAUUUAACUGUGUUGGUUUUUCAAACGACAAAUGAUACCCAGCGCUUACCAGGGUUGAGCUCAAUUCAGAAUUUUGGAAUAGAAUCCCAUUCAACUCUUGACUUGAAAUUCAAAUUGUCUACACCCCCACAGGAUGUAGAAUUUGAAUGACAGGAAGUAGAAUUUAAUUUGA